AAUCCCUCUCCUUCGAACAAAACUUUUGCAAACCAGCGCCGAUCCGAAAAGUGUCCCGUACGUGUUCCGCUGUCCGGAAUCCGUUUUUACGCCUACCGUUGGUUGCUGCACCCGCUGAAGAGAAGCGCCCCGACGAUGCUGACCAAACUGGCCACGCUGUCCGCUGUUCGCGGAGUGUCGCAUUCCGUCACCAAUGGGCUGAAACCUGCAGUCGUCGGUGCCGCAAAGGUCGACAGCAAAUCUGCGUCCGCCGCAGGUCAGAUUCCCGUCGUUUCUGCGUCGUCCAGCGCUGGCCUGCCGAACGGCAAUUUGCGUGUGGUUUCUAGCGUCACAGGAGCGACACAGAUCCGAUGCGCCCACACCGAUAUCCGUGUGCCGGAUUUCUCGGACUACCGUCGCGAACAGGUCAAGCGCCCGAACGCGAAGAACGACAGUGCGGAUGAUCGUGCUGCCUUCACGUACCUGUUGGUUGGAGGUGCCGCCGUAUCGACCGCCUACGUCGCGAAAUCGUUGGUAUCGACGUUCGUGUCCUCGAUGAGCGCAUCCGCCGAUGUGUUGGCUAUGUCCAAGAUCGAAAUUAAGCUGGCCGACAUCCCCGAGGGCAAGUCGAUGACGUUCAAGUGGCGCGGUAAGCCUUUGUUCAUCCGCCACCGUACGGCAGGCGAAAUCGAAGCGGAACAGUCCGUCGCGGUUGCUACCCUGCGUGAUCCCCAGAACGAUGCUGAACGCGUCCAGAAACCGGAAUGGCUAGUCGUUAUCGGUGUCUGCACGCAUCUUGGCUGUGUCCCAAUUGCUAACGCCGGUGACUUCGGUGGCUACUAUUGUCCGUGUCACGGUUCCCACUACGAUGCGUCCGGCCGUAUCCGCAAGGGUCCGGCUCCGCUGAACCUAGAAGUGCCGUACUAUGAGUUCCCCGAGGAUGGUCUCCUUGUUGUCGGUUAAAAACCUCCUCCACCCCUUUCCUCCUCCUUCACAACACCUUCAGCUCCAGCGUAAAACGGUUUGAAGCAUCUCUCCAAAAUCCUUCAAAUAAGUAGUCCUGAAUGUAACUAUCGUGCAGUACGAGUAGCGCAAUCACACCGAACAAUCUAUUUUCGGGUUCGGCGACAUUGGAUUCGGAUUGUCGCCACCGUGUGUGUAAGUAUUUGCAAAACCGACCUAAUCCCAGACCCUGCAAAAUGAGGCGUCCCAAAACAACCGGAGAUAACAAUGUAACCAAAACCAAUUUACCAAUAGUAGAACAAUUACAGCAGACUGGGUAAUAAAUUGAUGAAAAUU